GCGACGGGGACCGUUGGAGGUGCGGGGCGGCAGGGCUCGGCGGAGACCGACCUGAGGCGGGGACGGACGGACGGACGGAGCAGCCCCAUGACGGCCGAGCUGCAGCAGGCGGCCCCGGAGGGGGGCGCGGCCGAGAGACAGGCACGGAACUGCAAUGUGCUCAUCAACCAGCUAAGAGAAAUCACAGGAAUUCAGGAUCCUUUGUUCCUCCAUGAAACCUUGAAGGCUGUUGAUGGUGACCUAGUGCAAGCAGUUGGCUUCCUCACUGAGGGCCAUGCUACGGAGCUGGGUCAAGAAGUCACUGCUGCAGAACCAUCGGAUUGUCAAGGAUGUGCCGCUGGCCAAAGGCAGGCAACCAGUCCAGUUGAUGCAACACCAAGUGAUGAAGCUGAUCUACAGAAAGCUGUGUCCUUGAAAGUCCAGGACUUGCCUGACGUUGAAGCUAUGGAGGAAGAUCCUGACGCAACAGCAAAAGUAGCCCAUGAGGCAAGUAUGGCUGAAAGCAAAAGUCGCUCCAAAAGGAAACGCUGUGAAGUGUGGGGAGAGAACGCUGUUCAGAACGAGUGGAGGAGAGGGGGCGAAUGGCCUGUGGGGAUGAAGAACGUUGGCAAUACUUGCUGGUUCAGCGCAGUCAUCCAGUCUCUCUUCCAGUUGCCAGAAUUCAGACAGCUGGUUCUCAACUACUCCGUUCCAAACAGUGUGCUUGAAAAUUGUCAAAGCCACAGUAAAAAGAGGAGCAUCACAUUCAUGCAGGAACUCCAGCUUCUCUUUGCUUUAAUGCUGGGAACGUGCCGUAAAUCGGUGGACCCCUCUACAGCAGUGGAACUCCUAAGAGGUGCAUUCAGACCUUCUGAGGAGCAGCAGCAGCAAGAUGUGAGUGAAAUUACCCACAAACUCCUGGAUUGGAUGGAGGAUGCUUUUCAGCUGACUGUGAAUGUCAACAGUAGCUCCCAGGACAAAUCUGAAAACCCGAUGGUUCAGCUCUUUUAUGGGACUUUUCUGACCGAAGGGAUUCAUGAAGGCAACACCUUUUCCAUAAUAGAGACCUUUGGCCAGUAUCCCCUGCAGGUCAAUGGUUAUAAGAACUUGCACGAGUGUUUGGAAGGAGCCAUGGUAGAGGGGGAGACUGAACUGUUGCCUUCUAACCAGCCGGUGAACUAUGGGCAAGAGCGUUGGUUUACAAAGCUUCCUCCGGUAUUGACCUUUGAACUUUCCCGGUUUGAGUUCAAUCAGUCUCUCGGGCAGCCAGAGAAGAUACACAACAAGCUAGAAUUCCCACAGAUAAUUUAUAUGGACAGGUUCUUGUAUAGUAACAAAGAGCUAAUUCAAGCCAAAAGAGAAGAGCUGAAGAAACUGAAGGAUCAGGAAACAGUUCUGCAGCAGAAACUGGAAAGAUACAUGAAGUAUGGUUCAGGUACAGGCCACUUCCCCUUGCCAGACAUGCUGCAGUAUGUUCUUGAAUUUGCAAGUACAAAGCCAUCUACUGCUCCUCCCUGCUCUCAGGCCUCUGAACCAACAGAUCCCCAGGCAGAGGGCCGGACUUCAGAUGUUCCCCCAACAGAAAGCAGGGUGGUAGUGAUGCAGACUACUGAGCAUGCAGGAGAUGCAGCCUCUGCUCCAGCAUCAUCUCAUCAGGAGCUCGUGAGCAAACCCCGCCAGUCAUCCAGUUUUCCUGUGGAGAUGCUGGAAUAUCCAGCUCCUCAUGUGAUCACGCAGGACGAAAUGAGUCUCGUUAUGACCUGCCUGCAGCGAUGGAGGGAUGAGGUUGAACAAGACAUCAAAGGUCUGUGGCCAGCAGAAUUGAAGAGCUCCAUUGCCCUGCUUGGUCAGUCUGUUGAGCAGAUGUACUCUGAUCCUCAGCUCCAUCAGGUCCCUUAUCACUUGCAUGCUGUCUUGGUCCACGAAGGCCAGGCCAAUGCUGGCCACUACUGGGCCUACAUCUACAACCAGCCCCGAAAGAGUUGGCUCAAGUAUAAUGACCUCUCUGUGACAGAAUCAUCCUGGGAAGAGCUAGAAAGGGACUCGUUUGGAGGCCUGAGGAAUGCCAGUGCCUACUGUCUGAUGUACAGAAACGAAAGGCUCCCCCACUUGGCAGCAGUAGGUGGUGAUGCUGCUGCUGAUGAUGAGCAGGCCCAAAGAGAAGUGGAAUCUCUGACGUGGGAACUUCAGAAGUACAUCCGUGAUGACAACCACAGAUUUGAACAGGAGGUGGCCGACAAGGAGGAGGAGGAGCAGUCCUGCAAGGUGGCCCAGGUGGAGCAGUCCUUGGCCUCGGCAGAAGAAGCACCCUGUUCUCCCGAUUCAGGGCAAGACCAGUCUCCACCUAGUGACCCUGAGGCCCGUUCACUCUCCUCUGAGCAUGCUAUGAUCACCAGAGAUCAGACCGCUCAAGCCAUUGCCAAGACUGCAGAUGUGUAUGAGAAGAGUGGUGCAGAGGUUGCUUUCAAGAAGUCAAAGGAGGCAGAACCAGCCAAGGCCCUCCUGGAAGAAUCAAGCCUCCCAGCUCUGGCAGAGGAGCAGCAGAAUGCCGCGGGGACGGAGGCUUCUGCCCUGCCAAGCUCCCAGAUCUCUGAAGUGGAGAUCCCCAGUGUGGGAAAGAUUCUAGUUAGAUCUGAUGCAGACGGCUAUAAUGAGGAGGUGAUGCUUAGUCCCGCCAUGCAGGGUGUGAUCCUGGCUAUUGCUAAAGCCCGUCAGACUUUUGAUCGGGAUGGGUCUGAAGCAGGGCUAGUCAAGGCAUUCCGUGAAGAAUACUCCAGGCUGCACUUGCUGUCCAGAGAGAGCCCCACGCCUCAAAACGACCCCCGGCUUCAGCAUGUCCUGAUCUACUUCUUGCAGAACAAUGCCCCCCAGCAGGUGGUGGAGCGGACUCUUCUGGAGCAGUUUGCAGACAAAAACCUCAGCUUUGACGGCAGGUCCAUUAGCAUUAUGCAAGUUGCACAAGCAAAGCUGAAAGAGAUUCGCCCUGAUGAGAUGGACAUGGAAGAGUAUCAGAGAUGGCAUGAAGACUACAGCUUGUUCCGCAAAGUGUCUGUCUACCUCUUAACAGGCUUGGAGCUUUACCAGAAUGAAAAGUAUUGUGAGGCCCUGACCUAUCUGGUACAUGCUUACCAGAGCAAUAUGUUCCUGCUGAUGGAGGGACCCAACCGAGGCGUGGAUGAAUCUUUGGUUGCUCUCUACAGAAGGAAAUGUCUCCUGAAAUUGAAUGAUGCUGCAGCAGUUCGCUUCGAAAGCGGUGAUGAGCUUAACGUGGCUGAAGUUGUGAACUGCAUGAAUGAGAUAAUCAUACCCUGUAUGCAUCUCAUCCUAAACAACAACAUCUCCCAGGAUGACCUGGAUGCCAUUGAGGUCUUGAGAAGACAUUGGUGUAAUUAUGUGGGAAAAGAAGACAUGAAUGAAGACCUACACUUGAAGCUGCAUGAAUUUCUGCCCCGUCUGCUGGAUUGCGGAGGGAGUAGUUCUGCCGAGGAAGUAGUUCUGAAAGAGCCACCCAAAAUCCGCCCCAACUCACCCUACGACUUGUGCAGCAGAUUUGCAGCAGUUAUGGAAUCCAUUCAUGGAGCCUCAGCUGUGACUGUAAAAUAGAAACUGCCAAAUCAAGCACAGAGGCUGCCAAUUGCCAGUGUGCGGCGUCCAGCUUUCUAUUACCUUUGGAAUAUAGCAACGCGAACACCUGAGAACACUGAUCAAGACAAUCCACAUCCAGACCUAACUAAUACUGUGCCUAGAAAAGAAGGGCUACAAGAAGAUCAUCUCUCCCUGUGUAUGGACAGGCAGGAAUCAGAACAGGCACCCAGAACUCAAAGCAUUUGCCUUUUCUUCCUUCAGGAGCCUCAUGGGAAAACUUUUAGGAGUAAUAUGCAAUUCUAAACACAAAGUAUUGUACGCACACACACACACACACACGCCUGAUACUAUAUGUGGUAUAGCCAUUGGGUAAUGUGCCUCUCAUUGUGAGCAUUACACACACACACACAAACACACACACACACACACACACUCUCACUCUGUUGCAUUUUCAGAGCACUUGCCUCAUGUGCUGAUCCAGUUGCAUAUAGAGUUAGUGUGCCAGCAGCCACGCCCAUGAUGGUGGAAGCUGGUCUGCUAAAAUCUCACAGGAAUGGGCUAAUGCACACGAGAAGUGCACUUAAAUGUGGUGGGUCACAUGUAGAAAACGUGCACAGUCGGUGUUUAACCCGUGGCCCAUUUCUGCUGGCCUUUGGAGACCUCAAACAGGGCUGGCUCAGGGAAUAAGUCCUGGAGGAGAAUGUUGAGCAAUACAUCACUCUUUGAAAAAUCUUACACACGAGAGGCUUUAAAUGGUGGCCUUCUAGUGGAAGAGGGUGCGAAGAGCAAGGACAAGACCCAGCAGUCUGUGCUGUGCAUCUGCCCAGCCACGUGCACAUAUGCCUGGAUGUUGGCUGAGGGCAUUCAAGUGGAGUUGCUGCCCCUGGGCAAACGGAGGCGACACCGAUACUGGCUGGCAGCAGGAAUCCCAGCACUAGGUGGGAGACCGAGCCCCAAAGGAGCUUGCCGUCUCUGACCUCGGGGGGUAGGCUUCCCUCAAAAUCAGUCGCAGACCUUAAUAAUUGCCAGGGCAGUAGUGGUGAUGAGCUCACCUAAGCCAGGGUGAGACUUUUAAAUAACAUGUGCGUUUAAGCAACUUCUGUUUUACUGGAACACUGACGAAUCAGGAGAUAAAGGGGAGAAUACAUAUUUUGAACCUUCUCUAGUUUAUUGAAAAGUGCAAUAAAUGGAUUUUACCCUAUUUAAACAUAAAA